AUGGCAAAACCUGCAGGAUCCUAUUGUCUCCUCUCCUGUCUCUUUGUCUUGUUUGUGGGUUGCACCUCAGCAGCCAAAAAUUAUCAAGAUAAACAGGUGUAUAUAGUAUACAUGGGAGCACUUCCUGCUCGUGUUGACUACAUGCCAAUGUCCCAUCACACUAGUAUUCUUCAAGAAGUCACCGGAGAGAGUUCAAUCGAAAGUCGAUUGGUUAGGAAUUAUAAAAGAAGUUUCAACGGAUUUGCGGCCUGGCUAACCGAAUCCGAAAGACAGAUACUAGCAAAUACGGAAGACGUUGUAUCCGUGUUCCCUAGCAAAACACUGAAACUUCAAACGACGGCGUCGUGGGAUUUCUUGGGUCUCAAGAAAGGCAAAAGGGCAAAGCGAAACCCUAGCAUUGAGAGCGAUAUGAUCAUUGGUGUCAUGGACAGUGGAAUCAACCCUUUAUCCGACAGCUUCAGUGACAAAGGCUUUGGCCCUCCUCCUAAGAAAUGGAAAGGAGUUUGCCAAGGGAGCAAACACUUCUCUUGCAACAACAAGGUUAUUGGUGCUAGGAACUACACACCCAGAAUAAAGGGGGUUCCUCACUCAGCGAUAGACAACAUGGGACAUGGAUCACACACAGCUUCUACGGCAGCUGGAAACGCUGUUAAGGAUGUGAGCUUUUACGGACUAGCCAAUGGAACCGCGAGAGGUGGCGUUCCAGCCGCAAGAAUAGCGGUUUACAAAGUAUGUGAUCCUGGUAUCAAAGGGUGCACUACUGACGGAAUUCUAUCCGCAUUUGAUGAUGCGAUUGGGGACAACGUGGACCUCAUCACCAUCUCCAUCGGUGACGAUAAGGGUUUGCCAUUCCAUGAGGAUACUAUCGCAAUUGGGGCUUUCCAUGCCAUGGCCAAGGGAAUCCUUACAGUGAAUUCCGCUGGAAACAGUGGUCCAGAACUUAGUACGGUCACAAGCGUUGCACCGUGGAUAUUCACCGUCGGUGCUAGUAACACGAACCGCGCUUUCGUCACUAAAGCUGUUCUUGGAGACGGCAAGACAGUUGUCGGAAGAUCCGUAAACUCGUUUGAUCUUAAGGGAACUAAGUACCCUGUAGUGUACGGUAAAACAGCUUCAAGUAACUGCGAUGCUGCUUCCGCUGCGUUCUGCUCACCAGGAUGUCUAGACAGGAAACUUGUGAGCGGGAAGAUUGUGCUGUGCGAUUCCGGUCAAUACGUGAAAGAAGCUAAAUAUAUGGGAGCCGUAGCAUCCAUUGCUAGGAGCAGAAGAGAAGACACUGCCUUGGUCUUCUCUUUCCCAGUCGCUGUUCUAUCCGGACCCGCCUAUGACGUUGUCCUCUCGUAUAUUAAUUCCACAAAAAACCCCAUAGCUGCUGUUUUGAAAAGUGAGACAAUCUUUAACCAGAAAGCUCCUGUCAUUGCUUCCUAUUCUUCUCGAGGCCCUAACCCAAUCAUUCCUGAUAUUUUGAAGCCGGAUAUAACAGCGCCAGGAUCAGAGAUCAUCGCUGCUUAUUCCCCUUCUGUUCCACCAAGUAUUGCAGACACAAGACAUCUGAAGUACUCUAUUCUUAGUGGAACUUCAAUGUCUUGUCCACACGUUGCUGGUGUUGCCGCCUACAUCAAAACAUUUCACCCUCGCUGGUCUCCGUCCAUGAUCCAAUCCGCCAUAAUGACUACCGCUUGGCCAGUGAAUGCAUCUACUUUGAUGCCUGAGUUUGCAUACGGAGCAGGCCAUGUCAAUCCGUUAGCCGCAGUUCAUCCUGGACUGGUCUAUGAAGCUAAUAAAUCAGACUACAUCGCUUUUCUCUGCGGCUUGAAAUACACGGGAAAGAACUUAAGACUUAUCUCCGGUGAAAGCCGCACUUGCGCUAAAGCACAAUCUAAAUCUUUACCUCGAAACCUAAACUAUCCUUCCAUGACUGCUCAAGUCCCGGCGACAAAACCAUUCAAAGUGACCUUCCGUCGGACAGUCACUAACGUUGGAACGUCUAACACUACCUACAAAGCAAAAGUAGUGGGAUCUAAGCUCAACGUCGAGGUCAUUCCCGACGUCUUUUCUUUAAAGUCGAUGCACGAGAAGAAGUCUUUCACGGUGACCGUUUCAGGCAAAGGUCUCGGAGCCGGAGAACUUGUUGCGUCUUCACAACUGAUCUGGUCUGAUGGAUUCCACUUUGUGAGAAGCCCCAUCGUUGUUUACGCCCCAAACUGGUGA